AUGGACAGGAGUCUGUUUGAAGGACCAAGGUUAAGUCUGGACGGGUUAAUAAACAAUGAGGGUGCUCAGGCUCUUCUCUAUUUUCUGAAGGAGAGAGAGAACCGGCCAGAGGAAUCUGGUAGGACCUUCCUGGAAGUCUUCUCUGACCGCUUGAAGAGAGAAGACCCUCCGAUCUCCAUUGACUUGACAUUUCACAUUCUCCGACAGAUGAUCGAGAUUGCAAAGAACCAGAACCAGAAGCAGCAGGCCGAGCAGAACCGCAUCAUUUUCGAUUCAGUAGGGAAGUGA